AUGUUUACUGGCUCUGUGUCUUCUCUUUGCUCACUGUCACCGUUGUAUUUAACUUAUCUUGACUUGUCUAGUAACUUAUUAACUGGACCACUUCCGGAUUGUUGGGAAAAAUUUAAAAGCUUACAAGUCUUGAAUUUGGCAAAAAAUAAUUUAUCUGGGAGAUUACCCAAGUCACUUGGCAAUUUACGACAAAUUGAGUCCCUUCAUUUAAAUAACAAAAACUUCUCCGGAACAUUACCAGCAUGGGUAGGCCAUAACCUGCAUCAAUUGGUUAUUUUGCGUCUGCGGGAAAAUAAAUUCCAUGGAAGCAUACCUACAAGUCUGUGUAAUCUGACAUUUCUUCAAGUGUUGGAUCUCUUUAAAAACAAUAUUACAGGAAAAAUACCACAAUGCCUGAGUUGCAUAAUUGCUUUGUCAAAUUUGAAGUUUCCAAGAAAAACAAUUUUCUAUUCCACAAGUGCACCUGUUGGCUUUGAUAGUGGUCAAACACGCUUGUUCAUUGAUGAAGCAAUAUUAGCAUGGAAAGGAAAAAAUAGAGAGUAUGGGAAAAUUCUUGGACUUAUGACAAUUAUUGAUCUUUCUUGCAAUCACUUAUCAGGAGAGAUACCCAACAGUAUUACAACACUUGUGGGAUUAGCUGGCUUAAAUCUUUCUACAAAUAAUAUCACAGGAUUUAUUCCCAACAACAUCGGUGACAUGCAAAUGUUGGAAUCACUUGAUUUGUCAUUCAACCAUCUUUAUGGUAGAAUGCCAUUGUCAGGGAAAAUUCCAGAAAGUACUCAACUACAGUCCUUUGAUUCUUCAACUUAUGUUGGGAAUAAUGGGCUCUGUGCUCCACCGCUCCAAAACCAAUGCCCCGAGGAUGGUGUUUCACCGACUAGAAGCACUGAAAGAAAUGACAAAGAUGAAGAUGAAUUCAUAACACUUGGGUUUUAUGUCAGCAUGUCAUUAGGAUUUUGUGCUGGAUUCUGGGCUGUUUGUGGAACUUUGGUUAUAAAAAGUUCAUGGAGGCAUGCCUAUUUUCGAUUCUUCCACAACAUGAAUGACUGGAUAUGUGUAGGACUAGUUGUUCUUAGGGCUCGAAUGAAAAAGAGAUUCCAAGCCCAAGACUAA